AUGGCGGUAAAGGGAAAGGCAAAGGUUUCGGUAAAGGAAAGGGUAAAGGUUUUGGCAAAGGAAAUGGUUGGUAUGAAUGGCGACCAUGGGGUAAAGGACAUUGGUAUAGUAAAGGAGGAAAAGGGAAAGGAAAAGGAAAAGGUGACAUCACAGUGA